AUGCAAUUUGCUAUACCAGAACCUAAGCCCGACGCACCUUAGUAACCAAUUUUAUUGUUAAGCCUCAAAUUUGAGAGAUUAAUGCAAUUUGCUAAAGCAGAACCUAAGCCUGAUAUAGCUUAGUCACCAAUUUAAUUGUAACUUUUUAAAUAUUGA